UCAGUCUUCGUGACAAAAACAAAUAAAAUAGAACAGGAAAACGACAUUUAUUUGUAGAUUUUUUUGUAAAUAAUUUUUCACAUGUGUAAAUUUGCUUAGUAACAAAUAAAAACAUGUCCGCACGAAUGCUAAAAAAGAUGCAGGGCGGAUCAGACAUUCUAGCUACGCCGCCCGAUGAUGAAUUAGACAACGACCACUUAACUGACAAUGACGAACUAGACACGGUCAGAGGAAAAUCGCAUUUAAAUCCAUUUGAUUUGCUAAAUCAACAGAGUCUCUCGGAGAGCGAAUUCAAAGAGGACGACAACGAGACGGAGCACCCAUCGGCGGCAAUACAGGCAAAUACCGCUGCUAAAAAAAAGAAGAAGAAACGGAAGAAGAAGGUCAGGUCCCAUGGCAAUCAUAUCAGUAGCGAAGACAAUGAGCGCCAGGACAAAUACUUUGAGAAAGUUGAUCCACUUCUGGGCAAAGUCUACGAUGCAGUGCCCAAACAAUUGGAGAAGACACCGGCGCCACCAACAGCUGCAGGAGCAGCUGGCGGCGGACAAAAACUUUUAAUGGUAGAGCUAAAGCACUUGAAUCAACAAAACGAGAUGCGACGCACUUUUGGCAGGCGGGUUGUCAAAGUUGAAAAUAAGCGCGGUCGCCAGAAGACUACACUUAAAUCCACCUACAUGGUAACUGCCAAGGAUUCAUGGCCGCCGCUAACCAAAAACAUCAUCACAAUGAAGUUGCUGCCAACACCCGAAACGCCUGGCACAUCCACCAGUCCGAGAAUUCAAAUAAACGACGAAGAGAAUGUGCAAUGGUUCACAUUCCAGCACAGUCAGUACUAUCAGGGCGUGCAGCACAUGUUUCUGUCUGCAUUGGAACGCAUUGAUUCGGAAUUUUUGAUUACACUUAUAAAGCGUUGUCCGUACCAUGUCGACUCCCUGGUGCAGCUAAGUGAGGUUUGCAAGAUGACCGAGGACUUUGCUCUGGCGUCCGAGCUGAUCGAGCGUGCACUGCUGCUGCUGGAAUCUUCACUGCACAUCAACUUCAGCCUGACGUCUGGCAAUUCGCGUCUGGACUACAGACGACAGGAGAAUCGCGCCUUUUUCGUUGUGCUCUUUAAGCACGCUCAGUACUUGGAGGAGCGUGCCUGUUGCCGGACAGCUUUCGAAAUCUCCAAGCUGGUAUUGAGUCUGCAGCCUGAUGUUGAUCCGUUGGCCAUGGUACUAGUCAUCGACUAUUACGCCUUACGCAGCAAGCAAUUUAGCUGGCUAGUGGAAUUCUACGAGUUAUAUAAUUCAUCACGCAAUCUUGCCCAGUUGCCCAAUAUGGCAUACUCUUAUGCGCUGGCGCUUUACACGCUGCACGGCAGAUGUGAGCGUGCCAAUGAGGCGCUGCAAUAUGCGUUGCUCAUGUUUCCCGGCGUGCUGCGUCCGCUGCUGGAUGAGAUGUCUGUGCAGACGGAUAAACGCGUGCUAGCCUCAUCAUAUUUCUUUACCGAUGUGUCUGGCGAUCAAUCGCCAGCGCUACACCAGCUUGUUUGCUUGUAUGUGUGCCGCGCCAAGGUUGUGUGGCGUCAGAACGAUGUUCUCUUUUGGCUGGAAACAAAUGUAAAUGCUGUAAUGGAUCGCAUAGACAGCAAAGAUCCGAUUAUCAAUGAUUACAAAGAUAAACGAUCAGUUCGCUACGGCGGCACACCACCUCGUCCCAUUCUACGACAUGUCAUACUAUCUGACUACAAGGAGAAGGUGCCGCUGGCCGUUUUCGUCUCGAAAGAGAAGCAGGCCAUCAUGACAUACGAUCCGCUACCACCCGUUGACAGUGUCAAUUGCUACCAGCGAAAAUCAUCUUCGAGCAGCAGCCCAACCACAAAUACCAACAACUCUGUUUCUAUGUUUUUCCAAUCGUUGUUGCCAUCAUUCAAUCUGAACAAUAUUGCGGCUGUACACCAACAACCGGACGCCGCAGCAGAGGCUGGCGCCGCAGCACCAGAAAUUGUUGGCUUUCCACAGCGUCAGCCCAACGUUCAAGGCGAAGCAGAAGAAGCUGGUAUUCAGCAAUCGUUGACUUUGAUGAUGGACGCCAUGCGUGACUUUUUGCAAAACUUUCGCAUUGCCGAGCACUUGCGCUCUCCAGAAACAGCCGUUGCCCAGUCGAGCAGCAGCAAUGACGACGAGGAAGAAGGAUCUAGCGACUAUGUGGAUUAGAACAGUCAGUCAAUUAAUAUUAUUAUUAUAAUAUAUUGUAUCCCUCACAGCCACUUAAAGACAACAAUGCACAUUUCUAUAAACUAAAGAGUUUAAUAUUUG